GACAAGUCUCGCACAAAACAAGCAAACUUUGAUUGACAUUUCAAUUAAAUUAUAGCCAAACUCGUUGCCGAGAUGUUUCGCCUGCAGAAACUCUUGCUGGCCGAGUACGAGGAGAUCUACGAGCCGCUGCUGGUGGAGAAUCCCAUUGUCCUGGUGGAUGUCCAUGGCAUUGGCCUGCGCCAAUACCAAAUGGGACUCACCUGCAACCAUCUGCUCUUUGGCUGCGACAAAAUUGUAGAGUCUAGCAGAAGGUGGUCUUGGCUCCUGGCCAAGGGUCUGGACUAUGAGAUCGAGUCCUUCGAGCUGGCCUGCAUCCUGCCGCUGCAGUUCCUUCGCUUCCACUUCUACCGCAAGAGCAAUCGUUACCUCAUGAUGGUCACCGCUGUCCAGCCAUCGGGUCAGCCUGUGAUGUCCAAGGAGCAGCCCAUGAUCUUUGAGUUCGGUGGACAUCGUUACAAGCAACACUACUGGCACACCUGGCGCGAGCGAGUGGCCUCCAUUCGGGUGAUGCAGUCGGGCUAUAAUCAGAUCACCGGAGCCUCGCCCUUCUCCAGCACCGAUGUCCAGCUGGAGGAUGAGAUCAUAACGGUGGCCCAGGUGCAUCGAGGCUUCCUCACACCGUCCUUGUGUAGUUCCGUCUGUCGCCUGGGUGUCUGAGUUCCCUUAAGCGGCUUUCCUUAGCUCCAAGUUUCCAAGUAUUUUCCAUUAACAGAUUGAAUCCCAAGCUUCGAUUGGGCUUGAUUUUGGGUCAGCCGUCCUGUUUAUUUAUUUAUAUUAAAAGCUUAGGUAGUUA